AUGCCAAUAUCGGCAAAAUCACGAAGGCCAGGGCCUCCUCGACCUCCUCCCGUAUGGGCCGAAACGCGUCAAGAGCUUGCUGAAACCCUCCCUUACUACCGUGCCUACCAACAAGGGUCGUACGUCGUCGGUCCUCAUCAUGUUGCGCCUGACCUGGUUGCGAGGGCAAAGGCUAAGCAGGUCAAGGUGGAGAAGGAUGUCACGCCGUAUGCCUAUCUUUUGGGCGGGUUUGGGUCGCCAAGGGAUCAAUGGGCUGACGGGGGAAGAGUGGUCAUUUCCCAUGGAGGAGGGCACGCAAUGUCUGUUGACCCCAAGGCGGCCAAGAAGGAGGAGGGCCAAACAGCGCAGAGCGCCAAUGUCGACGACCUUCUCGCCUCUCCCUCCACGAGUAGCGCACCAGCCAAGUUGAGCCUCGCUUCCUCGCAAUCACGUCACGACCCCCGCAUCGCCGCCCUCCUCUCCUCUCAGCGGCACGGGAUACCCAUCAUCCUUAUCAUGGGGGAGAACUAUCCGCUCGCCGAUUUUGAACUCAACUGCGGAUUUGCGGUGCUGGGCUGGUAUUUGGUAACGCAUUGCUGGGCCGAAGGAGAAGCGGAGGGAAUGGUCAGAUGGAAGAUGAGAUUUGAGUGGAUGGAGGAGCAGGGCGUGCCUUGGUGGGAGAUCGGGGAGGGUGAGGUUGAGAUAAUUUGGAAUCCAAGAGUGAGGAAGGAGAUGUGCGAGCAGCAGAGUCAAGCCGCAAAGGCUCAGAUAACGUUCGUUCCAGAGGCAGAGACCUCAAGGAGGUCCAGGAAGCGGGGCAAAAUUGCCAAGGACUUGCAGAAGAGGCUGCGAAGGCGAAGACCGGGCGAAGUCAUCAAGGUCAAGGAUGGCUCUCUACAGCGCGUAUCGACGGACGUGGCAAGUGGCAGCAGCGUCUUAACGAAGCGGUGUCCUCACUGCCAAGAAUUGUCUCCACAAGUAUACAAGGUCGGCUGGUCAUGCUUGGUCCCAGAGUGCCCCGUAGGCUUCUGGCAAUUUAACGCAGGAGCUGAAGAGGGUCAGGAUGCCUUUGAUGUCGUACCAGACUUUUUGCGCUCGACGGCUGCCGCCUCGAGCUCAACGAGCACGCUGCCUUUCCCGCUGGAGCCGGCGGAUGAUGAAGCGGAAGGUAAAGCAGGUGACGCCAGCAUCUCCGGGGGCCUUAAAGGCAUCUUCUGCAAAGUCUGCCACCGUCUCUCUUGUCGAGAAUAUCUCGCCUCUCACCAAUGCGCCCAUUGUGGGAUGACAAAACAGCUGCCCAGGCAAGAGCACGAAGCCCCAAACGUUACUCAGCUGGCACCACCACCGCGCCCCCUAACAGAGGAAGCCCUACUUCACGACGCAAUGAUCAAUUCCAAAUUCGACAUCAGGGUGACACGAAGGAUCUUUGACAGUGGUGUCCCUCCAGCCAUCGAUGAGGAGGUCGACAGUAUAAUAGGGCAGGUAGAGAACUUGACACGGUUCGAAGUCAUCACGUACGAGUUCCCGCACGUAUUCCUCGAUAGCAAGGUGCACCUGGUACAGCCCUGCAUGGACGAGUUUGGGGCUCACGACGCUGCGGGUGGAAGCAGGGACGCCGCGUCAGACCACAUCCUGAAACUCCUGCUGCACUCAUCAUUGAUCGCUACUUCCCCAACAUCUGGCGCAUCGGAUGCGCUCUCUCUACCACCUCUACCCCUCCGUCGCCACGAACUUACAAUGCAUCGCUCCACGGCCGGAUCCAGCGGACGCAAGGCACGUCUUCUCACUCAGAUGUACACCGCGAAUGUGGGAGCAGCCUACAAGCACUCGACGAAGACGGAGACCAUGCCCUGGGAACAGGCGCCUCCCGGAGUGCUGGAGGCGAAGAAGCUGCUCGAGGAGAGGACGAGCUGGUGUACUGGGGCAAAGAGAACCAAGGAAAGAUUCAAUGAGAUCUACCCUUGCUAUUAUGCGGAGGGGAUGCGCAUGAACUAUCAUGAUGACGGUGAGCCGGGCUUGGGGCCGCUCGUGUCGUCCCUCUCCCUUGGACCGACGUCGGCUGUUAUGAACUUCAGGCUGAAGAGGAAAUUCUUGGAGCCUGUCGCGUCGCCAGUCUCAUCGUCCUCGGAGACAGUGAAAGGUCAGCAGAGCAAGUCUGCGGCGACCCCUACCAUCCGACGCCUCUACCAAGAUCUGCAACGACGAGCUCUCUCGCAGUGGACGGAGUCUUCCUCUAUCUCUAAGACGGACCGCGUAGCCCUGUCCUUGCCGCUGCGGCAUGGCUCUGUAGUCGUACAGGAGGGCAGGGCCCUGCAGGAGUACUUUGAGCAUGCGGUGCUCCCUGAUUGGGAGCGAAAGGGUACGGACGCCGCAAAACAAGAAGGAGCAGGAGCAGGAGGGAGGUUCGGGGUGACGGCGAGAAGUAUUGGGACAGGAGGUCGAAGCAAGGAGGAGCAGCUGUGCGUCAAGGACGAGUAA